AUGUAUUUCAAUUGCUAUAUGUUUAGAUAUCUAAUCAUAUGGAUUCUUUCCAUAACUCUUGUCUAUGGAGGAAGAACUUUUACAUUGGAACUAACCAAAAGUGCAGCCUGCUUUCAAAUUCAACAUGCCAAACUGAACGCAGCUAUUAAAAUACAAAAUUUAAGAUCAGAAUCUCCAGCAAUUCCAUAUUGUAUUUUUGAAUUAGAUGAUAUGAACAAAUAUAUCAAUAUACCAACGAUAUUUGACUUUUUAGAAAGAAAUUUUAGUAUAGAAAGAAAUAUCAGUAUAGAAGAAUCAGAUUUUUUAUUUUUGGAUGAAUAUGGUCGACUUGAAAUAAGGUUACAAUUGAAUGAAUCCGCUCCACAUGCUGAAAGUGACACAGCACAUUAUGGGUUUAUUGAAUCUGAUACGAUAAUUUCAAUUCCAAGAGAUGGAUAUUAUUGUAUUUAUUUCCCUUGGGUAGGUCAGGGCGCCUCUAUAAUGCCAGGUUAUUUUGAAAUUGAUAUCUCAAUUGUCAACGAAGGAUUCCAUAUAUUGUUUUCGUGGAUGAUACUUUGUAUUGUUAUAAUAAUAUACUAUUGCUCAAUUGUUAAAGGUGAAACUUUUGCUCAAUAUUCAAAAUUUACUAAGCUAGUUCUUUACUUUUAUCUUGCAACAGCUUUAAGGAAAUCUAUUUUAGCAUUAAUCGAAACAACAACUCCUUUUGAUAGCUCUAAAACCAUACGUCAAGAAAUAAUUUCCUAUUUUAUAAAUCUUAGUUCAUCACUUAUCAACCUAUAUAUUGGAUGGAUUCAUACUAUAACGUUUAUGGGGCAAGGUUCACUAUAUAGAUCUACAAUGCCUUCAUUUGUGCUACUUAAAUCAACAAUAGCAGUCAUUUUACAGUUAUUAACCAAUUUUCCGAAACUUUCAUUUGAUAGUUCCGAAGUUACGUUUGGUGGAUUAGCGUUCUUUUAUGGUCCUAGAAUAGUAGCCGAUGAAUGCAUCCCAAUGCUUAGGAAUAUGACAUACUAUAUCUUUUAUGAUGAAUAUGAUUAUUUCCUCAGUCUAUUUUUAGAUUUAACCAAGAUUUUGUUUCCGAUUAUAUAUUUUAUCUUAGCAUUGGGUUAUUCUAUUUCAACUUACGGAUCCUUAAAAAGACAAGGGAAAUUGGGCAUGGGCAUUAUGAAGAAAUUUAAAGCAUGUUGUUUAUUUUUCUUUAUUGGUCCUUUACUUGAUGUCAUAAAUUGUUGCAAUUUCAAGCUAAGAUCAGAUUUAAUUAAAAUUCGAAACGUGAGUGAACUAAUUAAUGUAUUUAACUCUGUUCAAGACCUUGAUCUAUAUGUUGUUUACAAUUAUUUUCAUUUAUUAGUAUUUUGGAUGAUUUGGGUCAAUGUCAAGUACGAAGAUGAAUUUGAAUAUGAAAUUAAAGAGAAACCAUUGUCAGAGAUAUGA